AUGCCGGCAGACCCAGCCGAUUAUCCUGAGCUUAUGAUAUUCAGGAGCAACUCGUUUAGCCCAGAGCUUACUAGACGCCCUAAUUACCAGCAAUUGAUGGCUGCUCAAGCCGACAACCCCCAAGGCCAGCUGGAGAUUAAGACGUCGAUUAGGGGCAGGAUUCAAAAAUGUUACUCUUGUCUUUGUGAUCAACCAACGGGCCGGAUAAUGUCGAAUCCCGUGCGCCCCGCAAAGUCUAGUAAUAUGUGGUGCAAACCGGGCGAUCAGCUACCUCUAGCUUGUAAACAUUGGUGGGGUUGUUACUGUGACACUAAAGCUCUCCAACCGGACUUGAUUGAGGGUGAAGAUUUUCAGGCGCAUGUUGAUGCGUUAAACAACCUCCCGCAAACCUUUAGGGAUAUGAACCCAGACUACGUAUGGGCCCCCCGUAACAUGGUGUUUCAGGUAGCACAAUACCCAAUUGUACCAAAUUGGGCCCGGCAAUUACAAGCAAUACAGAGACCACCACCAACAGUAGGGCCUAGCUUGGAUGCGCUGGCAACGGCUUCGGAACGAGUGCUAGACAACGAUGGUGGUAUGGGGCAAAUAGAUGCAAACCUACUAAAUGUAGCCGAUCAAGAGCUACGAAAUAUUAAUACGGAGGGGCAAAUAGAUCCGGACCUGUUAGAGGAAGCCCGGCGACAACUAGAUAUUCUUGAAGGACAAAUAGAUCCCGAAUUAUUAAGAGUAGUACAGCAAGAACUAGAUUUGGAGAACUUGGAAUCCGUUGCUGGCCCUUCAGGAACGAACCGUCUUUAUGGGCCUAAUGAUGCUCGGGGAUGGGAUAAAGGUCCAUUUGGAGGGUCGGGUCCAGGAUUUGGCUUUGGUGGCGGCGCCGGUGGGGGGGCAGGUGCUGGAGCUGUGAAAAAGCGUGAAUUAUCCACAUUAAAUGUAGCUCCUGGUCUGAUUCCAGGGCAGGAACUCGAAGACAAUAAUUAA